UGAGUCACAAUCUUAUAACAUUUGAGAAUUGUGUGAAAAAAAGAAGGGAAUUUGCCCAAAAUAAAAUUAUCCCCUCAAAGCACAUCCCUCUAUAAAAAUUCGAUUUCCGAAAUUAAAAUAAGCCCCUAGGGUUUCCUCUUCUCUCUGGGAUCUUCCAAGUCUCCACCUUAUCUAUCAAAUAUGAUGCAACAACCACCACCAGGAGGCGUUGCUACGCCUCCUUCAAUGGCAGCCGAUCAGUCUCAAACCCAUCACUACCAGCAACAACAGCAAUCGCAGACUUGGAUGAUGAUGUCUCAACAACAACAGCAGGUAGGUCAGCCGGUUCCUCCACCUUCCGGCUGGAAUACGCAGCCUAUCCCUCCCCCCUCUCAGAUGCAGCAGUACCCCGCCGGUUCAGCGGCCGCCGGCUCCGGCGAGAUUCGAUCUCUCUGGAUUGGUGAUCUUCAACCAUGGAUGGAUGAGAAUUACCUCAUGAAUAUCUUCGCUCAAACUGGAGAGGUUGUUUCAGCUAAGGUGAUUAGGAAUAAGCAGACGGCUCUACCGGAGGGAUAUGGGUUUAUAGAGUUUGUCUCGCAAGAGGCAGCUGAGCGGGUUUUGCAGUCAUACAAUGGGGUGCCAAUGCCAAAUUCUGAGCAGAACUUUAGAUUGAAUUGGGCCGCUCUCGGAUAUGGGGAUAAGAGGCAAGAAGAGGGCACUGACUACACCAUCUUUGUUGGGGAUUUAGCUGGGGAUGUUUCGGAUUACUUGUUACAGGAGACCUUUAAAGCUGUUUACCCAUCUGUUAAGGGUGCCAAAGUGGUUACUGAUAGGACAACUGGACGGUCUAAAGGUUAUGGCUUUGUGAGGUUUGGUAAUGAAACUGAGCAGAUUCGAGCCAUGACAGAAAUGAAUGGAAUUUAUUGUUCGACAAGGGCAAUGCGAAUUGGACCAGCUGCUAAUAAGAAGCCAUUCACUGGUCAGCAGUAUCAGAAAGAUACUUACCAGAACACUCAAGGAAAUCCUGGCGAGAACGAUCCAAAUAAUACCACAAUAUUUGUUGGCGGUUUGGAUCCUAGUGUUUCUGAAGACCAGUUAAAACAAAUAUUCAGUCAGCUUGGUGAGGUAGUUCAUGUAAAAAUUCCUGCUAACAAGAAUUGUGGUUUUGUUCAAUAUGCUAAUAGAACUAGUGCAGAGCAAGCGUUAUCAGUUUUAAAUGGUACCAUUUUAGGAGGAAGAAAUGUUCGACUUUCAUGGGGACGUAGUCCUUCAAGCAAACAGGCUCAACCCGAUCAGGCCCAGUGGAAUGGUGGAUAUUAUGGAUAUGCUCAAGGAUAUGAAGCAUAUGGAUAUGCACCUCCUCCCCAAGACCCUAGCAUGUAUUAUGGGGGCUAUCCUGGAUAUGGGAAUUACCAACAGCCGGGGGCUUACCAACAACCACAGCAGUAAAAAGUGUGGGUGGAGUGAAGCUCGUUGACUUGAUCCAGAGCACAUUUGUUGUUGGUCUGAUCCCAUCAAACAUGUUUUAAGGUUGUAGAUUUUCAUUGUUUUCUGUACAAUUUUUUUUUUUGGUUAUGUUUCAUCUUUUCCCUCUACCAUAUCUUUUUAGCUUCGCUUUUCUUGGUUUCUUAUCCUCUUAUAUUGAGUUUUGUUUUGACUUGAUUUUCCAGUCUAUUGCUAUUCAGUGUUAUAUUACACCACGGUAGUUGUUCGGACUGAUGCUUUUUAAUGUUUAUUGUGAACUUAUUAUGCUUCUUA